CUGCUCGGACUCCUGCGUUUCCGGGUCUGGGCUUUGGUGCCGGGAGCUGUUUGCUGAGAAAGUGAGCCUCGGAGAGCGCGCGGGUGUCCCUAAAAUCCCGAGGUUAACGCCCUCUUGUUCCGAGUUACGGGUGAGGACGUGCGGACCCACGUGUGGACAAGGGUGAGCCGCUGUGGCCGCGGGGGCGCUGGGAUUUGAACCUGGGCUAAGCCCAGCUCUGCGCUCUGCGAGACCCUGUGAGCCGAUAUGACCCACUCUUUGGUUUGCUCAGAGACCAUAAGCAGGGUGAGUUCGGUCCUGAAUCGCAACACCCGGCAGUUUGGAAAGAAGCACUUAUUCGACCAAGAUGAGGAGACGUGCUGGAACUCAGAUCAGGGCCCCAUCCAGUGGGUGUUACUAGAGUUUCCCCAGCGCAUCCGUGUCUCCCAGCUGCAGAUCCAGUUCCAGGGGGGCUUCUCCAGUCGCCGGGGACGCCUGGAAGGUUCCCAGGGGAGUGAAGCCCUUGGCAAGAUUGUGGAGUUCUACCCAGAAGACAACAACUCGCUUCAGACCUUUCCUGUGCCGGCUGCGGAGGUGGACCAGCUGAAGGUGACAUUUGAGGAUGCCACGGACUUUUUUGGCCGGGUGGUUAUCUACCACCUGCGGGUGUUGGGGGAGAAGAAGGAAUGAGGUUACUGGACAGCCACCUCUUCCAGGAAGCACAGCAAAGUCCCUCAAGUUCUGCACAGAAGGUUUAUUGGUUCCUCUUGGGAAAGGCCCCUUCCCACCGUCUGUCCAAGAGCUGAGCUGCCUUUGAAGCCUGUGCUGGAUCCCCCCAACUCUGGGUUGACCUUUUGCUUUGCUCCCUGAGUGUCUGAGUCCCAGUGGGUAGCCUUCACUCAGGGUCGGCGGGCACCAGGUUGCUCUGGAAGAGUUUGAGGAUGUGGCUCUCGAUCACCUGUUGCACUGGACACAGGACAGGCGGGAAUGACUGAGUAGCAACUGAGGAGGGUGUGUGCGAGGGGUGCUGUAAUAUCUUGCCUUCCCUGAGAACUGCAUCCUCCCCUCAGGGAUAAAUAGGGGUCUGCAUCCUAUGACUUGGACAUGUGGAGAAAUCCAUGCUCCUCCCCAGGAGAUGGAAGAUGGAGGCUGCCACCCCAGGACCUCAGUGGAGGUUGGAGGCUGCCACCCCAGGACCUACGUUCAUAAAAGUGAAGUUUUGGAGGCUUUAUAAAAAUAUUCCUUGCCAAACAAAAUUGGUGAAUUAUGACAAGAAGGGUUGUGGCAAAUGACUUCUAUUCCAAAGGGGGUAAACUCAAAGAAGGAACUGGAGAUAUCCCAAUCCCCCAAUUUCCCUGUGACACUAGGAGGUCUGUCUUGUUAGAAUCUCCCCAUUUUAUGGAUAGGGGAGCUGAAGGGGGAAGUGGGGUGUCAAACUAGGGUCAGCCGCUGCCCUUGCUCACACCUCCCUCCAGGAGAAGGUUGGCUCCAUGACCCCUACAUUGUGGUGUUCCCACCCAGCUAGACCUCUGUAUGUGCUGGUCAUCUUUCUUGGACACUGUCCUCCCUCACCCCAGGGAGCCCUCCCUGACCCCCACCCAUCUCAGUGCCUAUGUGUCCCUAAAACUGACACAUGACGGCCUUCCACCCCCAGUACACAAGGAACCCCAAAACCAGAGCUAGGACAUCCCCAAGCCAGGUGCACAGUGGCACUUGAUGUUUGCUAACACAAAUGCUCACUGCCAGGAUCUGAUAUCUAAGGGGGUGUCCUGUGUUCCCUGUGGUUGCCCUGUCACUGCCCCUUGUGUCUCAAGCCAACCUUUCCGAUAUCCCAGAGCCACAGCCAGGUCCAUAGGGGUGUAGCCAGAAUCGGCCUCGGUAGUGAGAUCAGCUCCUCGGGCUGCAAAACAGAGCAGGCACUCAAUGCGGCUGGGCCCGGGAGCCAGAGGCCAGAGUCGGAUGUGAGGACUUGGGAGGAUUAGUAACCACCCCGCAACACAGCCAUUGGUCUGCUGGUUGCCAAUAUGCCUGUGGAUGAGAGAUGAACUUGCAGAUGAUGUGUCAAUAGAAUCCCCAUCCCCAGGGCUCCUGAGGCACAGAGUGUGUGGAUGCUUGGCCAGGUGGCCAGAUGCCCAUUAUGUUCUUCCCAAGUCAAUCCUCUGAUAAAAGCAGGUGGUGUUCACCCUUCCAAGAACUGUCAAGAGCUCAGACCCCUCUCCCGGACCCUCAGGAAUCCCAAAGGGUCAGUCUACUUCCACUCACCCAGUAAGGCCUCCACACACUUCACAUGGUUGCCACGCACGGCGUACAGCAACGGCGUCCCUCCAUUCUGAGGAUAGGGGUGGGGGAACCAAUACUCUAUUACAAUAUUUUCCUGACUUGUACAAUAGCCGUACCGUCCAGUUGAAUGUAGUUCCUCCUACUCAUCAUCUGACCUGUCUAGCUCCUUUAUGUCUCAGCUUAAAUGCAUGCCCCUUCUUCCAGAAAGACACCUUCUCUGGCUAUGUGAGCCACCUCUGGGCUCCUGCAGUUGCCUAUGUGCCUGCCAUUACAGCGUUGCUCACCAGAGUUCAGUUUUCUAUUUGUGUCUGCCCCAUGCCCCAAACAAUUGGGAGGCUUAAGGGUGGGUCUAUUUUAUAUCCUCAGCACUGAGCUGGUGGCGGCACCUCACCCAGUCGUAGAUGUUGAUGUCUACAUCACGUUCCAGCAGCAACCCCACAAUGUCCGUGUAGCCGCCCAUGCUGGCCAGUGACAGGGCGCUCUCCCGCUCCUUGGCCAGGAUGUGGGGGUCGGCACCCUAGGGGGCGACACAGGAGCAGUGACUGAAGGGAGGCAGAGGGAGCACUAAUAGGUGGAAUGGGGCUGUCCCUGGAAUCUCAGAGUCCCUGUGGCAGCCCCACCUUACACAUGAGACACCAGCAGACUCGGAGGAGCCCAACCCACCCUCCAUUCCCAGAGACACCCCAGCCAGACCGGACGCACCCACUCAAGCAGGAAACGGACGGUCUCGAUCUCUCCAAAGGCAGAGGCCCAGAUGAGGGGGGUGAAGCCUCGCUCGUCUGGCUUGUUGAUGAGGUUGUCGCCUGGCAGGAGUG